AUGACCCGGAAUAAAUGUAGUCGAAUUGAUCGUAUUUUUGUGUCUUGGAAUUUCUUGUGUGAAUGGACAAAUGCGGAAUAUCGGGCGCUUACUAGAGAGGAAUCGGAUCAUAGCCCGUUGAUUCUAAAAUUGGAAGCGCGGAAUUUCGGGCCUAAACCUUUUCGGUUUUUUAACUCUUGGUUAUCCAGGAACGUUUUGGAGGAGGUUGUUCAUAGAGCUUUGUCGGGUUUUAUCGGGAAUGGGCCUCCGGAUGUUGUUCUUAUGAAUAAGUUUAGGAUAAGGCUUGAAAUUGUAAAAUGGAAACAGGAGUGGUUGAAAGAAGAUGUUGAGGAGGAAAUGAAUUUGAAGCAAGACCUCUUUCAUUUAGAUGAGUUAGUCGAGGAGAGGGAUCUGACAGAAGCCGAGGAAUGGGUUAUUAUGGAGGCUAAGAAAAAACUAAAGGAAUUGGAUGAUCUUAAAGCUAAAGACAUUCGACAAAAAGCGCGGGGAGUUAUUAAUAAACGGAGGGUGGCGAAUACAAUUCCGGGUUUGAGCAUUGAUGGGAGGUGGGUUUUCAAACCGGCCGAAGUGAAAAAAGAGGUUCAUCGGUUUUUUAAACAGAGGUUCGCGGAAGAUCUUCAAACUCGACCAUCUUUGGAUUGCUAUGGUAUCAAACAGUUAAAUGAUAUUGAAGCCGAAUAA